AUGACCCCUACUCACCUCCAUCCCCUACCCAGCCCCCAUACACGCUGCCCGCUGGUGGAGCUCACCAGCGCCGUCAUGGAGCUCGGCGGCGUUGGAGGCCCAUUUUGCAAUGUCUACCUCCCUGAGUAUCUGUUGGUGGACUGGACGCGGGGCGGCGCUGCUCCAGGUCCUCAUGCCGGCGUGGUGAAGGCGCAUGCAUGCGCCGAUGUCCGCUGGAUCCCAUCGGCGUGGCCCAGCGAAGCAAGAAAAACCACAGGCAGCGAAGCUAGCUUCAACUUGAAGAUGGAGGAGGGCUACUACUUCUCGUACGCAUCCCUCUGCGGCGCCCUUGCGGUGAUUGUGGCAGGCUGGCUCGUGUACAGGUGGAUGAAUCCUCCCUGCAACACCGGGAGGCUCCCUCCCGGAUCCAUGGGCUUCCCCCUCGUCGGCGAGACCUUCCGCUUCUUCAAGCCAAGCCCUUCUAUCGACAUCCCAGCCUUCUACAAGCAAAGGCUCAAAAGAUACGGCCCGUUGUUCAAGACGAACCUCGUGGGGCAGCCGUUGGUGGUGUCCAUGGACGCCGAGGUGAACCGCUUCAUCUUCCAGCAGGAAGGCAAGCUGUUCCGGAGCUGGUACCCGGACACCACCAACAUCAUCUUCGGAAAGGAGAGCCUCGCCUCCUGCGACGGCUCCCUCCAUAAGUUUGUCCGCAGCUUCGCCGCCAGGCUCUUCGGCGUCGACAGCCUCCGGGACGUGCUCCUCGCCGAAAUGGAGCAGAACGUGGCGCGGAGCUUCGCCGCGUGGGCCGCGGAGCCUGCAGGAAUCGAGGUCAAGGACGCGGUGUCCACGAUGAUCUUUGACCUCAUGGCCAAGAAGCUGAUUGGUUUUGGGCCCGACAAGUCAAGGAAACUUAGGAAGAAUUUGGAUGUCUUCUUCCAGGGAAUGGUCUCCUUCCCGCUGUAUUUCCCUGGGACAGCAUUCUACAAAUGCAUACAGGGAAGGAAAAAUGUGCAAAAGGUACUCAAGGACCUGCUAAAAGAAAGGCUCAGUGCACCUCAAAAGCGACACGGUGAUUUCCUCGACGAGGUCGUCGAUGAGCUACAGAGCGGGACGGGAAUGUUGAACGAGAAAUUCGCUGUAGAUCUGGUGGGCGCCCUCCUGUUCGCCAGCUUUGCGACCGUGUCGUCGUCGCUCACUGUCGCCAUGAAGUUCCUCAGCGACCAACCCAGUGUGGUAGAAUCACUCAAGGAGGAGCAUGAAGCGAUUUUGAAGAAAAGAGAGGGUGCCGGUACUAGUGCGAUCACAUGGGACGAAUACAAGUCCAUGGCAUUCACUGCUCAGGUCACGAAUGAGAUCGUUCGCCUUAGUAACGUGGCCCCUGGAAUAUUCAGGAAAACACUAACAGAUGUGCAAGCGAAAGGCUACACGAUCCCCGCCGGUUGGCUGGUGAUGAUCAGCCCCAUAUCUGUCAAUCUGAACCCAGAACUGUAUGAAGAUCCCUUAGCCUUUAAUCCAUGGAGGUGGCAGGAUGAGUCGAAGAAGAGCACUCUGCUCAAGAACUUCAUGCCGUUCGGAGGGGGGCUAAGGCUUUGCGUGGGCGCAGAAUUCAGCAGAAUUCAGAUCGCACUCUUCCUUCACACCUUGGUGACAAAGUACAGAUGGAAGGAGAUAAAAGGAGGCGAAGUGCAACGCAUAUCCGAGAUCGUGUUUCCGAAGGGCUAUCACAUCCAAAUAAUCCCUAGGGAGGAAUCGAUAAACUGAUACAAGAAAGCAGAGCCUACUUUCUCGCUAGCAACUUCAUGGACAAUCUUAAUUACUCCUUCAAUAGCAGGGGAUUGACAGAGAAAAUGUAAUCUCUGCCAUGAAAUGUAGCUUUGCAACGUGUGUGAGUACCUCGGCACUACCGUGGCUAUAUGCUCACAGCCUCCACACACCAUGUGUGGAGUUUCUAAACUAUGUGGGUCAUUUCCUCUUUUUAGUAAUAUAUAAAAGAACAGAUGUUACCUAGAACAAAAACCUAAAUACUGUUAUUGAGGAGUGUGUCACGUGUAAGAAAAUUGGCUGUA